ACCAUCCCAUCCCCCAACUUGCCGCUGGCAGUAGCGGCUACGCUGUCCGCGUUCACUUCACUCGCCUUCGCCUUCGCUUGGCAUUAUCAUCUCUGCCUGAGCCGGUCAAGAGCUGCCAGGGAGGUCAAGCCCUGACGGCCUGCCCUCGAACGGGGGAGAGGGAAGAAGGGAGAUACACCCCGCUCCUCCUACAUAUAUCCGCGGGGGGGCUUGCCGUUGGUUGGACCACAGCUUCGGUGUGGCGUUGGCGCGGUUGGUAGCUCGCUUCUUCAUCCUCGGUCCAGAGCCAGCAGGCCAGUUCUUGGAGACCAGAGGAGAGGCGGAGGAGCGAGCUCGCGGCAAAAGGCGGAGAGAUGGCGGGCGGCGGGGUGGCCGCGCUGGGGGUGAACACGGAGCGCGCGGCGCAGUACAAGGGCCGCAUGACGCUCGCCGUCGCCAUGACCUGCCUCGUCGCCGCCGUCGGGGGAGCCAUCUUCGGCUACGACAUCGGCAUCUCCGGAGGAGUGACAUCGAUGGACCCAUUUCUGAAGAAGUUCUUCCCGGCGGUGUACCAUAGGAAGAACUCCGGCAGCCAGAACAACUACUGCAAGUACGACAACCAGGGCCUGGCGGCGUUCACCUCCUCACUGUACCUCGCCGGCCUCGUUUCCUCCCUCGCGGCGUCUCCCGUCACGAGGAACUACGGCCGCAAAGCCAGCAUCGUCUGCGGCGGCAUCAGCUUCUUCGUCGGCGCCACGCUCAACGUCGCCGCCGUGAACCUGGCCAUGCUCAUCCUCGGCCGCAUCAUGCUCGGCGUCGGAAUCGGUUUCGGCAACCAGGCUGUGCCGCUGUACCUGUCGGAGAUGGCGCCGGCGCACCUCCGCGGCGGGCUGAACAUGAUGUUCCAGCUCGCGACGACGCUGGGCAUCUUCACGGCGAACCUGAUCAACUACGGCACGCAGAACAUCAAGCCGUGGGGUUGGCGGCUGUCGCUGGGCCUGGCGGCGGCGCCGGCGAUGCUGAUGACCCUGGGCGGGCUGCUCCUCCCGGAGACGCCCAACAGCCUCAUCGAGCGCGGGCGCGUGGAGGAGGGGCGGCGCGUGCUGGAGCGCAUCCGCGGCACGGCCGACGUGGACGCCGAGUUCACGGACAUGGUGGAGGCGAGCGAGCUGGCCAACACCAUCGAGCACCCGUUCCGGAACAUCCUGGAGCGGCGCAACCGGCCGCAGCUGGUGAUGGCCGUGUGCAUGCCGGCGUUCCAGAUCCUGACGGGCAUCAACUCCAUCCUCUUCUACGCGCCCGUCCUGUUCCAGAGCAUGGGCUUCGGCGGGAACGCGUCGCUCUACUCCUCCGUGCUCACCGGCGCCGUGCUCUUCUCCUCCACGCUCAUCUCCAUCGGCACCGUCGACCGCCUCGGCCGCCGGAAGCUCCUCAUCAGCGGCGGGAUCCAGAUGAUCGUCUGCCAGGUGAUCGUGGCGGUGAUCCUGGGCGUGAAGUUCGGGGCGGACAAGCAGCUGUCCCGGAGCUACUCGAUCGCGGUGGUGGUGGUGAUCUGCCUGUUCGUGCUGGCGUUCGGGUGGUCGUGGGGCCCGCUGGGGUGGACGGUGCCGAGCGAGAUCUUCCCGCUGGAGACGCGGUCAGCGGGGCAGAGCAUCACGGUGGCCGUGAACCUGCUCUUCACCUUCGCCAUCGCGCAGGCGUUCCUGUCGCUGCUGUGCGCCUUCAAGUUCGGCAUCUUCCUCUUCUUCGCGGGGUGGAUCACCGUCAUGACCGUCUUCGUAUACGUCUUCCUCCCGGAGACCAAGGGCGUGCCCAUCGAGGAGAUGGUGCUGCUCUGGCGCAAGCACUGGUUCUGGAAGAAGGUCAUGCCGGACAUGCCGCUUGAGGACGGCUGGGGCGCGGCUGGGGGUCACGCUGGCAACAACAGCCAUAAGUGAAGAAGCAUAAGAGUGGUUUCAUGUAGUUCUCCCUAGAUGACGAGGCAGAGUGAGCUGCCAGCUUAUGUGAAAGUUGUAUGUAGUUCCAUGGUGUGCGUGGCGACAGCGGUAAAAGUGCAAGCAUCUUCAGUCAUUCUUUUUUUUUUCCUCACCUACAUUACCAUAGUUGCAGAGAAAUACACUUCAUAUCCAUAUCAUGGCAUAAGAAACAAAGGUAAAAUAUUCUUCAAAA